AUGUUCCGGCACUGGGUCCUUCGAGCCUCCAGCGUCUUGACGCACCGGCGAAUGCACUCCCGGUUUUGCGACAUCCUCGAGAACAUCCUCGACGAGCUGCAUUGGAGGUACCAGGGAAUCGAUCAAUGGAUUACCACGCCAGCCCAAGCGGCUCGGGCGAAGAAGUCGGCACUGAGGGCGGCCGAGGAGAUAACGAACCUGAUCCUGGACGAGAGUAUCAGAGAGAUCCGGACCGACGAAACUCGACCGCCAGGGGAUCAGUGGUACUUUGUGACGCUGAACGAGAUUCCCGAGGCUCUCUGGACUAAGCCAAGAUAG